AUGAUACCACAACCUUCGCACGUCUUCUUCCGUCAUGUUGGUCUCCAGACAACCUUCAAGGGCAUCGAACACCCGAUCUCCACCUCUGACGUCCCAAUACACCAGUUUCGCGGCAUCAAGUAUGCCUCCGUCCCCGCGCGAUUCCGUCAGUCGAAACUGUGUACCUCCUACCCCCCAGUAGUCGAUAGCACUAGAUACGGUCCAAUCUGCCCUCAGAGCAGUCGCAGGAGUGUCGAGGAAGAGUUGAUUGGUCUCCCAGAAUCAGAUCUCCCGAGGCAGGGUUUCCCCCAGAAUGAGUUCGAGUGUCUCAACUUGAACAUCACCUGUCCUGCCAACCAAAACUGCGAAUCACGUCUCCCGGUUAUGGUGUGGAUACACGGGGGUGGUAACAGAGGCUGUGGUUCAAGCUGGAUGUAUGAUGGUGGCUCCCUCGUUCGAAGGAGCAUGUGCAUCGGCAAACCGAUUAUCAUGAUUACUAUCAAUUACAGACUAGGCUAUUUUGGUUUCGCUGCUAGUCCAUCUAUUGCCGAAGACAAUCGAUUAGCUGGUGAUGAGGGUGUUGGCAAUUAUGGCUUGCGUGACCAACGCACUGCGCUUGAAUGGGUGCACGAGUGUAUCUCCGAGUUUGGUGGUGACCCCGAGAAUGUGACAUUGUUUGGGUCGUCGACCGGCGCGGCGGAUAUCAUUCAUCAUCUAUAUUCAGGUGCCAACAAAAGGUGUCCUCUCUUUGCACGGGCCAUUGUGCAGAGUGCCAUCGUGAACUACAAUGUGCCAGGCGUGCACGCCGCUGGCUGGCAGAUUUCGAGGGCUCUCUCGCCUCUCCGGGCCUCGACUGUAGAGCAGCUUCGUGCGAUCUGCUCCAGUACCCUUGCAGAAAUACCAUGUCCCGUCCGCGCUGUUGACGAUGGAGUUUUCUUCCAAAAUAAUUGGCGCGAGACUCUGUUUCCGCCUGCCGAAUCGGACGAAAUCGAGAAAAUUCCUCCGGGCAGGAACCUGACUGCCCUGCGCUUUGGUGUGCGAAAGCUGAAGAGUAACAGCCAAAGCCCUCAUCCGAAGCCCCGGGUACUCCACCCUCAUGUGGCUGGUCUCCAACCUCUCAUCAUCGGUGACUGCGCUUGCGACUCUGAUCUCUGGUCGAACACCACUUCCAAUUGGGCAGCUUCCGGUGUCGUCAGACGCCUCCGCGCCAUAUGCCAGUCUCUAAAUAAGGCAACGGCACUCCUCAACGCGUAUGACAUUGCACCCCACAUGACCGACGAACUGUCGGAGCGUGUGUUGGAGCUGAUAGAAGACGCUCGAAUAUCGUGGCCUACGGAGUGCGUCUACCAAGCUGCUCAGAGAACUGGUAAUCCCGUCUGGCGUUACGUUUUUGACCAGGAAGGUCCUGCUCGUGGCGUCCCCCACCACAUGGCAGAUCUCAUAUACCUCUUCGACAAUGUCCCAUUACCUCUUUCACCGGCUUCGUCCCCACUCUCAUUCGCCGCAGAUGACCUUCCGUCCCUGCCCUCCUCUGAGAACGCAUCCUUUGGUUGCGGCCCCGUAACGCUGAGCAACAUCAAUGAAAUAGACGAGGAAAGGUUCGAUUACUGUACCCGCGGCUUGCCUUGCGGGGGCUGGGCGCGGCCCGUGGUCGACGAGUGGACAUACGCUCGCGUACGUGACGCCAUACAAACUCGCUGGAUUGCAUUUGCAUGGGGCGAACGUCCAUGGGAUAACUCGCGCGGGAAGAUCUUCGUAUUCGGCCCGGAGGGUGAAACAGGCGAGCGCUCCGCAGGAAUCUUCGAGGGUCGAAGAAGGCGCAAACUCUGGGAGAAAGUGCUCCGUCCACUUGGGAUUGAACUGGUGCAGAAAGUCGGGACGGAACUCAGCAAUGGACCCGGUCUGGGCUCACAGUGA